AUGAUUCUCAAGUCCAAGUUAAUCUUAGUUAUAAAAAUACGUAAUAACUUGUUCUGGUUAGAGUUUUUAAAGAAAACUGAUACUUACUACAGGAAAUAUUUCGAUUUAUACGAUGAAAAUGAGAAGAUAAAGAUUACAGAUGAUGAUUUGGAUGAUGAUGAUGAUGAUGAUUCGGAUGAUGAUGAUGAUGAUGAUUCGGAUGAUGAUGAUGAUGACUCGGAUGAUGAUGAUGAUUCGGAUGAUGAUGAUGAUGACUCGGAUGAUGACUCGGAUGAUGAUGAUGAUGACUCGGAUGAUGAUGAUGAUGAUUCGGAUGAUGAUGAUGGUGGUGACUAUUCGGAUGAUGAUGAUGAUGAUGACUCGGAUGAUGAUGCAGCUGGACUAUAA